AUGGGCGGCGGUGUAUCAUCUCUGCCGGUGGAGGUCUCGCUUGCCGAGGCGAAGGAGCUCGCGGGCGCCAGGUGGCAGCCCGCGUGGGAGGAGAAGUUCGCGGACGCCAAGAUCUCCAGGGACGAGGCGUUGAAGUGCUGGAAGGACGCCGAGGCCAAGGCCGCGAUCUCCGAGGAGCUCUACGAAAAGCUCCACGGCACCAACCGCUCCGGCGCUGCAGAGGCGCUGGACUUCUCGGCGAUCGUGAACGAGAAGCGCGGGCAGCACCUGCCCGGCACGCGCGAAUGGGUCUUCGAGGCGGUGCUCCGCUGGCGGACCGACCCGGAUAGCGCGAAGCUCUUCUGGCUUGUCGGCGGCGGCGGCACCGGCAAGAGCGUGGCAGCGGCCGAGCUGCUGGCGAGACUGCUCGACAAGCAAAACGCGGCCGCGUGGCAUUUCUGUAAGCACACCGAGCCGGCGCGAUCGGCGCCAGCGGUGCUGCUGCGCUCUCUCGCGGGCAUGCUGUCUGCGACGGUGCAGGGCUUCGAAGACGCGCUCAAGAAGAGCGCGAGCGUCGAGACCGACAAGGUCGACGAGCUCUUCGAGGCUUUAUUAGCCAAGCCGCUGCGAGGCGUCGAGGCGCCCCGAGGCGCGGAUGACGCCCUCGUAUUAAUCAUAGACGCACUCGACGAGCUGCCGCGGGACGCGCUUAAGCCCGUGCUGUCGCUGCUCGCGAACGAGCUCAAGACGCUGCCGCCGUGGAUCAAGAUAGUCGCGACGAGCCGCGACGAGGCGCAGAUCAAAGUUGCCCUCUCAGGCUACACGCCGUCGGAGCUCCGCGUCGACGAGGCGCGGAACCGUCAGGACGUGAGGGCGUACCUGACUGAACUCGCGAAGGAGCACGUCGAGCUCGAGGUGACGAUGGACUCGCUGCGGCAUGAGGUCGAGGCGAAGUUCCCGGGCUUGAAGAAUCUCGACACGUUCGCCGACCUCGAGGAUCCGCUGCGCCGGUCGAAGGGCGCGUACGACGAGGCGGUCCGCGGCGUUGCUGGGAUCCACGAGCUCGAAAAGUAUAAGGAGCGACGUCUCGACUUGAUACAAGACGAGACUGACUUCGACAAGCUCUACGCCGACGCAUCGCUGGCGCAGACAAUUCUGGUCGAUGCGCUGAAGACGCUCCCUGGCGACGUGUCGGAUCCGGGCGUGAAAGGGCGUGGAUCCGCGGAGCGCAAGCUCGCGGACAAGUACACCGACAAGAAUGGGGUGCCACAUCCCGAGAAGUUUCGGGACCUCUCGCGCGCGACGGUCCUUUCCGGGAGCGCUACUGACCUACUGAAGGUGCUGACUGAAUUGGACGGCGGCAGCCUUGGGCUGGAGAUCGCGCAAUUAAAGAACAAGUUUGCCAGUCCGACGCCGCUCGGCUACCGCGAUAUGAAUUUGAACGUCAGCGUGCGCCUCGACGACGGCCGAAAACAUCUCGCCGAGGUUCAGCUGAAUUUAAAGAGCGUCGCGGAUGCCAAGCACAUCGCCCACGAGCAGUACGAGGUGAUUAGACUGGCGUUGCCGAAGAUGUGCGAGGGCACAAGCGUUGGCGCGGGUGCGCUUGAGGCCUUUAUUGCCGAGCGUCUCAACUCGUCGGCGCUCGACGCGGCUGUCACUUCGCUCGAACGGAAGGCCGGUGGACUGAUGCUCUACGCGCGCCUCAUCGCGGACCAGCUCGCGUCCACGACGGGCAAGAUCGACUUUGCGAGCGUUGGCGCGCUGCCGGCGGGCCUCGACGAGAUCUACGCGGAGAACUUUCGACGCGUGUUUGUCGAUGAUGGCACGUGGGGCGACGCGCUGCCGCUGGUCGAGCUUGUCUGUGCCGCGGCCGAGCCGCUGACCGUCGACGCGGCGAGUGGUGCGCUGGGCUGGGAUCGAGCGCGGUGCAAGAAGGUCUGUGACGGCGUAUCGCUGCUCUUCCCGCUGCGCGAGGGCGACGUGAUUGGUGUUUUACAUAAGACUGUCACGGACUGGCUGACGGGCGAGGCGCCGUUCGACAAGCGCUCUUCUGAGGAUGCGUUCUUCGUCGCACGGGACACGGCGCACCGGCGGCUGGCGCGGGCGUGUGCUCGGGCAAUUCGUGCUGGGGUUCUGGAUACGGAGUCGUAUUCGAGCGACGCGGCCGCGGACGUGGCACUGGCUUCAUUCGUGGAGGGCGACGGCGGCGCGGCGGCGGAUGCUUACGCGUUGCGCUGGUGCUUGUUUCACAUGAAGCGGUCUAGAAACGAGGGUGAGGCUGUCACAGUCGCCUGCAGUCUGUCGUACGUGCUGAAGCGGAGUGACUGCGACAUUGUUUCUUUCGUGGCGGACCUGAACGUUCUUCAGGGCCAGGACACACUGCUGCUGUCCGACUCCUUGGUGUUGUCGCGGAACGCGAUGGCGCUUGGUGUACCAUUGGUCGAGCAAGUGUGGCAGCGGUUGAUGCCGCGCGCAAACGCUGAGUCGGCCGCGGGCCGCCUGGCCGAGGAUCUGAGACGCGUCGCGAGCAAGAUUUCGCUCUCGGCUGUGCGGCCGAUGGGUCUGACGGCGGCGGGUGGGGCGGAGCGCUGCCGGAUCGAGGUUGGUGCUCGUUGCUUGGCGACGUUCGUGGAUCCGGCGACGGGCGAGCCGCGUGUUGCUUGCGGUGGUGGUGAGCGAGUGAGUAUCUAUGAUCCGGUCGCGGGUGGCGCGGCGCUGGUCGUGAUUAAGGUGGGUUCGAAGGUGAAAGCGCUGGCGGUCUUCAGAGACCCGGCGACGGGCGAGUCGCGUCUGGCUUGCGGAUGUGAAGAUGGGAUGGUGCGCAUCUUCGACCCGGUCGCCGGUGGCGAGGCACUGCUUGUGAUCGAAGUGGGUGGUGAGCUGGCGGUCUUCACAGACCCGGCGACGGGCGCACCGCGGCUUGCUUGUGGAGGGAGAAUCUUUGACCCUAUUGCGGGCGGUGAGGCGCUGGUCGUGCUCAAGGGAGGUGGUCAGCUGGCUGUCUUCACGGACCCGGCGACGGGCGCGCCGCGGCUUGCAUGCGAGUCGGACGACGGGAAGGUGCGAAUCUUUGAUCCGGUCGUGGGUGGUGACGCGCUGCUUGUGCUAGAUAUUGGUUCUGACGUGUUCGCACUGGCGGUCUUCAAGGAACCGGCGACGGGCUCGCCAAGGCUCGCGUGUGGCUGUAAAGACGGAAAGGUGCGCGUCUUCGACGCGGUUUCUGGCGGCGAGGCGCUGCUCGUGCUCGACGCGGGCGAUAGCUCGCUGGUGAUAUUUGAGGACCGGGCGACGGGCGCGCUGCGGCUCGCGAGCGGGUCGGGCGACAGAAAGGUGCGCGUCUUCGACCCACUUGCGGGCGGCGAGGCGCUGGUCGUGCUCGAGGGGCACACAGGCAAUGUAAACGCUUUGACAGCUUUCACGGACCCGGCGACGGGCGAGCCGCGCCUCGUGAGCGGAUCGACUGACGUCCGAGUCUGGAACCCGGCGGCGAGCGGCGCGGCGAUCAAGGCAGAGUCCGAGGGGCACUCUCACGAUGUGAAUGCUUUGCUAACCUUUGUGGAUCCGGCGACAGGCGCGCUGCGGGUCGCGACCGGGUCGUAUGAUAAGACGAUUCGCGUGUGGGACGCGGAGACUGGCGGUGGGCUGCUCGUGAUCGACGGCGGCGAGAGAGUGGAAGCGCUGGCGUUCUUUGUGGACCCGGCGACGGGCGGGCCGCGACUUGCUUGUGGUUCUGGCAAUAAGGUGCUCGUCUUCGACCCGGUCGCGGGCGGCGAGGCGAUGGUCGUGAUUGAUGUGGCUGCAUUUGCGCUGGCGGUCUUCAAAGACCCGGCGACGGGCGAGCUGCGUUUAGCUUGUGCAGCGGGCGAGCAGGUGCGCAUCUACGAUCCGGUCGCCGGUGGCGAGGCGCUGCUUGCGCCGCCUGCGCCGCCCCACUGGCCCACGACGCGCCGCGUUGUGUUAGAUGUUGGACCCGCUAUUGUGACUCGAGUGCCCGAUGGACGUGGUCGGCUGGCAGUCUUCACGGACCUGGCGACGGGCGCGCCGCGGCUCGCUUGUGGUGCACGUGGUGAUGGGAAGGUGCGCACAUAUGACCCGGUUGCGGGCGGAGAGGCAUUGGUCGUGCUCGAGGGACACACGGAAUCGGUGUGGGCGUUGACCGUUUUCGAAGACCCGGCGGCGGGUGGCCUUCGCCUCGCGAGCGGAUCAAUAGACAACAAGGUGCGCGUCUGGGACUUGGCCGCGGGCGGCGCGGCGUUGUUUGUGCUCGGGGGACACACGGCACCUGUUAUGGCGCUGAUGCCCUUCGCGGACCCGGCGACGGGCGAGACGCGGCUCGCGAGCGGGUCGCUGGACAAGACUUUGCGGGUGUGGGACGCAAACAAGGGCGGCGCGGCGCUGCGAGUGGUUGCUUUUGAUGAUACUGUUUGGGCUUUGACCGUCGGGCGCGACACGAGCGGGCACUUCGUGGCUUUCGGGAAGCGGUGGGGGGAGUUGCGCGUCGAGAGCGGCACGACGCCACUGACGCUAGCAUGCUAUCAGGGUGACGUCGCCGCAAUAAGCGAUCUUGUUCAGCAGGGCGCUGGCGUCGAUCAGGAAGAUAGUGACGGUUAUACGCCACUGUUCGUCGCGAGUUUGAAAGGGCACGUCGAUGUCGUGCGCGUGCUGCUUGAUGCGGGCGCCGCGGUUGAUAAGCGGCGUGAGGGUGAUUGGUCGCCGUUUGGGAUUGCGUGUGCUCUUGGACACGUCGACGUGGCGACGCUAUUGGUGGAGCGAGGUGCAGCUGUCGAUUUGUGCUUGGAUGGGGCGAGGCCGCUUCUUGUUGCUAGUCGGAACCAGAAUCUCGGCGCGAUGCGGUUAUGUCUCGAGCACGGCGCCAAUGUGAAUUGCGCCGACAAGGAGGGGACUACGGGUCUGCAUGUCGCCUGCCAGAAUGGUCACGUCGACGCUGUGCGACUGCUUUUAGAUAAUGGCGCGGAGGUCGACCGGGUGAAGGAGAGCGCGGACUCGGACUCGGACUCGGACUCGGACUCGGACUCGGACUCGGACUCGGACUCAGGAGUGACCCCACUUAUCGUUGCCUGCCAGAACGGCCACGUCGACGUGGUGCGGCUGUUGUUAGAUAAAGGAGCCGAGGUCGACCGGGCGAGAGAGGGCGGCUUUACGCCGCUGUACAUUGCCUGCCAGACCGGCCACGUCGACGCGGCGCGGCUGUUGCUGGACAAAGGCGCGGAGGUCGACCGGGCGAAUAAGUACGAUGAGACGCCGCUGAUUGUCGCCUGCCAGGAGGGCCACGUCGGCGCGGCGCGGGUGCUGCUGGACAAUGGCGCGGAGGUCGAUCGGGCGCAGGAGAACGGUACGACGCCGCUGAUCAUCGCCUGCGAGAACGGCCACGUCGACGCGGUGCGGCUGUUGUUAGAUAAAGGCGCGGUGGUCGACCGGGCGAAUAAGCGAGGCAGAAGGCCGCUGGACAUAGCGAAGCGUAAUGAUCAUGACGCGGUUGUCGCGCUGCUCGAGGAACACUUGGAUUCGAAGUUCCCACUUCACGCUGCGGCAAGGACCGGCGACGUCGAGGCGAUGACUCCACUCCUGGACGGUGGCGCAGAGGUAGACGCAAAGAAGGACGGCGCGACGCCGCUGUACGUCGCCUGCGAGAAGGGUCACGUCGACGUGGCGCGGCUGCUGUUAGAUAAAGGCGCGGAGGUCGACCGGGCGGACGAGGACGGCUUUACGCCGCUGUACGCCGCCUGCGAUCAGGGCCACGUCGACGCGGUGCGGCUGUUGCUGGACAACGGCGCGGACGUUAAUAAGGCGGACGAGGACGGCGAAACGCCGCUGUCCAUCGCGGAAGAAAUGGGCCACUCGGCCGUCGUCGCGCUGCUCAAAAAGCACUCUAGGUCAAGUGGGGCUUGUAUGGUGUGCUAGAGUUUGGAGCAUCAGAAUGGCGUCA